AUGCCGCCUCCGGCUGCGAUGCUGCUCCACACGACGGCCCCGGGGUCUCCCACGCUGUCGCUGACCCUGGCCGCGAGGCGGGCGCCGCUCCGGGCCCCAAGGCAGCGGCGGCUGCGGGCGCUGCGGCAGGCGAGGAUCCGCGCCGCCGCGGCGAUCGGCGGAGAGUUCGGCGGCCUCGGCCGGCGCCGCGUCGUCGUGGGGGAGUUCAUCGAGCGCCUGCGCAACGUGCUGCCCGGGGGCAGCUGGUGGCGCCUCGAGGACGGCGACGAGGCCGGGGAUGGGGCCGGCCGCGCCGAGGGGAGCGGGACCACCGCCGUCUCCGCGCUCAGGCGGAUGUGGUCCCUCGUCGCCGGCGACAGAUGGGUCAUCUACGCCGGCUUCGCGUCCCUCGUCGGCGCUGCGCUUGCGGAGAUCGCCAUACCGCAUCUCCUUGCAGCGUCCAUUUUCUCUGCGCAGAAUGGAGGCGCAGUGUUCUACCGAAAUGCCAAGCUUCUGGUUGUCCUAUGUCUGGUUUCCGGGGUGUUCAGUGGCGUACGAAGCUGCUGUUUUGGUGUUGCAAACAUGAUAUUGGUCAAACGGGUGAGAGAGGAGCUAUUUGAUUCCAUUCUUUCACAGGAUAUUUCCUUUUUUGAUGAAGAAACAGUCGGUGAUUUGACAAGUAGACUUGGUUCGGACUGCCAACAAGUGUCUCGUGUUAUAGGCAAUGACCUUAACCUGAUUUCACGCAAUUUACUUCAGGGUGCAGGUGCAUUAAUUUAUCUGCUAGUUUUAUCUUGGCCUCUCGGAUUGUGUACAAUGUUUGUUUGUGCAACUCUAUCAACAAUUAUGCUAGUUCAUGGACGGUUUCAGAAAAGGGCAGCUAAAUUUGCACAGGAGUUCACCGCAAGCGCCAAUAAUGUUGCUCAAGAGGUGAUAACUUUGGUUAGGACAGUGCGAGUGUAUGGAACAGAAAAGCAGGAGUUUAAAAGGUAUGCAAAGUGGCUUGAUAAGCUGUAUGAUGUAAGCUUUCGGCAGACAGUGGCUUAUGGAGGCUGGAGCCUGAGCUUGAACUAUCUAUACCAUUCUACUCAGGUCAUUGGAGUGGUGAUUGGAGGUCUAGCAAUCAUGUCUGGGAAGCUAACUGCUGAGCAGUUGACAAAAUUCACACUCUAUGCUGAAUGGCUAAUUUUGUCCACAUGGUGGAUUGGAGACAACUGGUCCUCCCUCAUGCAGUCUGUCGGAGCAAGUGAAAAAGUUUUUCGUUUGAUGGAUCUCCUUCCUAGCAAGCAGCUUAGCUCUGAAGGCCUCAAGUUAGAGAAGUUGAAAGGGCAAAUUCAGUAUGCUGAUGUAUCAUUUUCAUAUCCAUCAAGACCUACGGUACCAGUUUUGGGAAGAUUGAAUCUAACAUUGAAUCCAAAUGAAGUAGUUGCAAUUGUUGGUCUUAGUGGAAGUGGCAAGAGUACUAUAAUCAAUUUACUACUAAGACUAUAUGAACCUACAAAUGGGCAAAUACUAAUUGAUGGUGUCCCACUCACUGAGCUUGAUAUCAGAUGGUUCAGGGAAAGAAUUGGUUUCGUCAGACAGGAACCACGCCUAUUCCGAAUGGAUAUUAGCUCUAAUAUUAAAUAUGGUUGCCCAAGAGAAGUCAGUCAUGAAGAAGUGGUCUGGGCUGCAAAGCAGGCCUAUGCUCAUGAUUUCAUAAUGGCUUUGCCUGAUGGUUAUAACACCAUUGUUGAUGAUGCUCUUCUCAGUGGAGGUCAGAAACAACGUGUUGCUAUUGCCAGGGCCCUUCUGAGGGACCCAUCUAUCUUACUGCUUGAUGAAGCCACAAGUGCGCUUGAUGCUGAGAGUGAACAUUAUGUGAAGAGCGUCAUCACAAAAGUUAGUCAAGAUUCGAAGGCUCAAAGAACUGUGGUAAUCAUAGCACACAGGCUAUCUACAAUUCAAACAGCUGACAGAAUUAUUGUGAUGGAAAAUGGUAAUAUUGUGGAGGAUGGUAAACACUUUGAUCUUAUUGAGAAGGGUGGUUUAUAUUCAAGAUUAGCCAGGCGACAAAAUGACGAUCUCAAGUAG